UAGCUGAAAUGAUGAAUCUCAUCAUUCUCAUUUCUCUUACCCUCUUUUCUACCACAAUCCAUGCAGCCACUUUUGAAGUAGUGAACCGAUGUAGCUACACAGUUUGGGCUGCAGCUAUACCUGGUGGUGGAAAACGCACCACCAUGGCUCGAGUAUGGGGUCGAACUAAUUGCAAUUUUGAUGGCAAUGGACAGGGCCAAUGUGCGACUGGCGAUUGUAAUAGAGUCCUAGAAUGCCGAGGAUGGGGUUCUCCGCCAAAUACCUUGGCUGAAUAUGCACUCAAUCAGCCCAACAACUUGGACUAUCUUGACAUAUCUCUUGUUGAUGGGUUUAACAUUCCAAUGGACUUUAGCCCCAGCACCGGUAGAUGCCGGGGAAUCCGAUGCUCCGCUGACAUUAAUGGACAGUAUUAA